AUGGGCAAUGUUCCCCCAGACAAGAAAGCCGACGGGACAGCCCCGAUAUCAGACCAGGGUGCAUCUACUUCAGCGCGACCUCCCAAUGUCAGACACCAUUCCAGCUUUGCAGAAGCUCGAUAUGGAACCGCCCCUUCUCCCUUGAACAUGAGCAACAUGGGAUACUUCCUUCCAGGCCAUCACUCACAGGGUUAUGAUCAGCCAAUACAUCAAUACCCGGCUGCCCAAGGGCAAGGUAUGAUGUAUCCCAUGCCAAUGGCUCCAUAUGGACACAACUCCGGAGGCAUGGCGUACGGCGUGCCUUACCCAGCUUAUCCGCCGUACGCGAUUCCUCAACACCCAGGUCCCGUUCAACAUGGAACUCCUUACCAGCAUGGAACCCAAAUGCACAACCUCAGUCCCGGGCAAGUAUCUCCAUAUGCCUCGGGCUAUUACCCUCAUUCGCCGUACGGUGCCCCUUAUGGACAUGGAGUGCCGCCUGUCGGCCAAAUUCCCCAGACCACAUCUCCCGUCCGUACCACCACAAGCUCGCCAUCAAAACCGGGCUCCCUGCGCAAAGAAGCCGAUAAACGGAUGGCGGAUUUGGAAUACGACGUCUCAAAGACAAUCGUGGAUGGAUCGAAUCCCAUGAAAUUAGUGCAGCCUCAAACCCAACCGCUCCUCUCCGACAAUAGUUCGCCCUCGCAACCAGCCCCGACCGCUUCGAGUACCCCACGAGGGCCACCCCGAAAACCAAAGCAAUCCGGCCACGCACUCUGGGUUGGAAAUCUCCCCCCAGGGGCCAGUGUUGUGGAUCUCAAGGAUCAUUUCUCACAAGGUGCGACAAACGAUAUCGAGAGUGUAUUCCUCAUCGCCAAGAGUAAUUGUGCAUUCGUGAACUACAAGUCUGCAGCCGCGUGUGUCGCGGCGUUGGCGAGAUUCAAUGACUCCCGUUUCCAGGGCGUACGUGUUGUUUGUCGAUUGCGAAAGGGGUUCACGGCCCCGGGGUCCGGAUCUGUAGUUGUGGCAGUUCCCGUGGUGAAUCAAGCUCCCCGGCCACGAUUGGAGGAUAUUGCUACGAGUACGAGUACGGCUAUGGCUACUGCUACUGACCCGGACGAUGAUGAUUCAAUCACACCGGAGCUUAGCGCGGCCGCGCCUGCUACAGGCAACUAUCCACCCCCGGCCCGGUUGGUAGAUCGAUACUUUAUUGUGAAAAGCUUGACAGUGGAGGAUCUCGAAUUAAGCAAGCAAAGUGGCAUUUGGGCUACGCAGUCGCACAACGAGGCGGCAAUGAAUCAAGCUUUCGAGACCACCGAUCACGUCUAUUUAAUUUUCUCCGCGAACAAAUCUGGUGAGUAUUUUGGAUACGCGCGCAUGGUGUCGCCGAUCAGCGACGACGAAGAACUCGCUUUGGAGAUGCCAUCCCGGCCCGAUCCCCCGCCCGGUGGGCCCGACGAGCUCGACGUGACCCUGACAGCGGCAACCUCGACAGCGCCGCAAGGCCGAAUCAUCGAUGAUUCAGUGCGGGGAACUAUCUUCUGGGAAGUUGAAUCGUCGGAAGAUGAGAACGACAACAUCAGCGAGAAGAGCGUCGAGCCAGAGGAUCCGGAAGAGGGUCAAACUUUUGGUAAACCGUUCCGCAUUCGAUGGAUUUCGACGGAACGGGUACCCUUUCAGCGUACUCGUGGCCUCCGUAACCCCUGGAAUGCGAAUCGGGAAAUCAAAAUCGCUCGUGACGGCACCGAAAUCGAGCCGACGAUCGGCCGUAAGCUGAUCCAGUUGUUUCACUUGCCUUGA